GCCGGUCGUCGAAUGCGCUUCCAGGCGCCAGCUCCUACGCCUUCUAUGAUGCGGUAGUAACGCGUAUUGGGCCGUGCAGCUCACCAUCAGCACUUCGCAAUUUCGAUCCACCCGCCAUGACCCAGAAUCCGUGGACGCUCAACACCCUCCCGGUCAUUGGCACGGCGACGACCGACGGCUGCCUCUGCCAAGCGUGCAAGGAGAACAUCUCGCAAGGCGACAUCCGCGUCGGCCUCAUCUUCCACCACCUCAACGGGUACAUUGCGCUCGACUGGCACCACUUGACGUGCUGCGAGAACCCGUGGCAUCUCCCGACGCUCGAGGGCUUUGAUCUUCUCAACGACAAGGAGAAAACUCAAGUGCACGCGUUCAUCAAGCAGAGCAAGGUCGGCGCGUAAAACCGCACGUCAUGCUCUCGUGUCUUUGUUGUCUGUCCGUGCGCGUUGCUGUCGCGUCCAAAACUUGUUAUUUAAACUGUGAAAUGUACUGCCUGCAUGCAAGUGUAAACUCGA